AAGCGAGAAAGCAUCAAAUGUCGUUGAUCUUCUCAGCUGUUUUCGAGAGAAUUUUUCGUCCCAAACGAGAGAGAAUGGGGAGAAAGCAUCGAUUAAAAACAAGCGAACGAGUGUGUGCGUGCGACCGCGUUGUUUACCGUUCUUUGUUUUCUCACAAAAUGCACCCUUCCUCGCCAUCCCCCUCAUCCAAAAGGCUGGUCGCCCUCUCAGACACUCUUAGCCAGGAAGUUCUUGCCUUCUCGCUCUUCCGCUUCUCGUGCGGUCUCGCUUGCACUCACACGGAACCAUCUGACAGCUGUCAAAUGCGAGAAAAACAACUUUGACAGAUCGAGCGAAAUACGCCAUGAGUUCGGCGAAAGAACUAAACGAAUCGAUACUCCAGUACCAAACACAGCUCACACAAAUCAACCAGGCCCUACAGCUGACGACGGAUGCCGGUGAACGGACGGAACUGGAAAAGCUGAAAGAUGAUCUAACGGAACUGCUGACCCUGACGCAAGAGACACUCGACCACUCCACGGCAGGAGAGGAACCGAAAGCCGGUGACAAAAUUGACGAUGAGUUUGCCCUCUUUAUGAGUGAAAUCAAGCAACUCGAUAGCGAGUCGAAGAAUGAUGAUGAAGCUGUCCUGAAGACUGAAGAACCGGACAACGAACCAGUCACGAAACCGGAACCGGAGCCAGAAGAUGAGCUUGAUCUCGAUGGGUUGAUCGGUAGCAAGUGUUCGGCACCGCACGUGCAUACGUGGGGCUCCAAGGUGUACCACAACGCGAUGGUAUGCAGUCUGGAUACGAGUGAGCUGGCCGAGGCAACGGCCAAAGUACUGUUCACCAAUCCCACCCACCGAGAGAUGGUCCCGUGUGCGUAUUUUCUCGAGGGCGAAUGUCGAUUCACCGACGAUCGGUGUCACUAUUCGCACGGUGAAACGGUCCGAUUGGAUGAGCUGCGUGAUUACCGUGAGCCAAAGUUCGAGCAGCUGCAACGGCCAGGUAGCCGGGCACUGGUCAAACAAACGAAAACCCGUCUCUGGUGCAAGGGUACGGUUCGAUCGGUGGACUACGAGCAUCGGACCUGUAAGCUGGUGCUAGAAGAAGGCAAACGAGAGGUCGAAGGAAUACCUUUCGAAGAUCUACUGCCACUCGAUGACGAGCUAGAGGAUGAGGACGACGAGGACGAUGAUGAUGACGAUGACGAUGACGAUGCUGAUGCCAUCCGGAAAGCCCAGUUGGUGGAGAAAAGUCUCUUUCAACCGGCACCCGAUCGUCGGUUGGGUGAAUGGGAAGAUCAUACGCGCGGGAUCGGAUCGAAGAUCAUGCAAAAGAUGGGUUACGUUGUGGGAACCGGGCUAGGUCGUGAGGGUGAAGGGAUCGUUCUACCGGUAAGCGCCCAGGUAUUGCCCCAGGGUCGCUCCCUGGAUUACUGUAUGGAGCUGCGCGAACAAGCGAACGGUGAUCGCGAUCUGUUCAGCGUCGAGAAGAAGCUGGUGCAAUUGCGCAAGCAGCAGGAAAAGCGGGAUGCCCGGGACUACGCACGGCAACAGGAGGCCGCCGCCAAACGGAAGGAUGUGUUCAGCUUCAUCAAUGACGAAGUGCUCAGCGCAGGAGGACAAAGCUCAAAGAGAGCUGCUGCACAGCACCGGUCACCGCUCGCGCUCGGUAGCCGCGAUCUUAAAGAGCAUUCCUCGAAAAAUCUCAACAUUGCAAGCCUCAAGCUGUCGGAGGAAAUCCGCCGAGUGGAGGCCGAAGUCGAGCGGUUAAAGAUCGCUUUAACACGCCACAAACCGGGCACACCGGCCGGUGACAGUUUGCAGCGACAGUUGGCGGCAAAGCGAGCCGAUAUUGCCCGGUUACAGGCCACCGAAGGUACCAUCUCCAAGGAGCAGCAGCUGCGCAAUGAUAAGCGCAAAAUGACAGUAUUUUAG